CAUGUUCCCGCAGCAGAAAGUCAACACAGAACCGCGUCGUCGGACUCCCCAGGUACAAGUUCUCUCUUACUUCCAGAUCUGAAGCAUAUCGAAGCCUCUACUACCAGAGCGAGAGCUUCGGCUUGAAUCGGCGGAGGAAGCAAGGGAUCUUCUUUCUCGCAAAUCCACCGAGCAGUACACUCGAGGCCGUCGCGAAGAGCACCUGCAGUCGCUCCUUCCGAACCACCGGCUUCAAAGGACUGGUUUUUCGGCGGGCACCAAUCAGCAGGGUUGUUGGAUUUGGGGGGUCUUCGGCGGAACACGAGAGUCGUUUCUGGAUUUUAUCGAAAGAUACUGGUCUAGGUCGAGGCGUGAAGGUGAUCCUCGGGAUUGCGCAGCCUUUCGGGACUCGGACCCAACUCGAUCUGCUUCGAGGCGACUUCUUCUCAAACACUGAAACCCGUCACAACUAUUUCAUCUCUGAAUUGCUCCCGGAGAUCGCGAUGGACAAAGAGCAGAGGAAGAGAGCAGAGGAGAAGAGCACUCGAGGAGCGUCCUCUUCUUCAUCCAUCUCUCCAAAAGCCACAGGUUUACGUGGCAGUCCAUACGACGUGUUCUUGAAUUUUAGAGGCUCGGAUACCCGCAAGGCAUUCACCGAUCACCUCUAUCACAAUCUGGUCAAGGCAGGGACUGUACCGUUUUGCGUGUUUAGGGACGAGAAUAGCAUCCCAAUUGGUGAGGAAUUUGGUUCAGAGAUUCUCGAUGCCAUCAAACGGUCUAAGAUUUCGAUCCCUGUCAUCUCUGAAAAUUAUGCGUCGAGCAAAUGGUGCCUCCGUGAGCUCGUUCAUAUCAUGGAAUGCAAGAAGAGCACGUCACACAUAGUGUUGCCUAUAUUUUACAAAGUUGCCCCAUCGGAUGUGCGGCAUCUAAAGGGAAAUUUUGGAAAUGCCUUCCAUUUGAGGUGGGAGCGUUAUGAUGAGAAGGAUAUCCAGGAAUGGCAACGAGCACUUAAUGAAGUCAGUUACUUACAUGGAUGGGAAUCUGAUAAAUUUGAGGACGGGCAUGAGGGAGAACUAAUUGAACAUGUGGUUGAAACUGUUCAAAGCGAGUUACAAGAAGAUUUUCAACUAAAUGUGCCUAAGCAACUAGUUGGACUUGAUGAUGGUCUAAAGAAAAUUAUGAAUUGGAUAGACAGUCCUUCCAUCAAUGCUCGAAUGAUUGGAAUUUAUGGCAUGGGUGGGAUAGGCAAGACAACUCUUGCCAAGAUCAUUCACAAUCAACUCUCGAACAAAUUUGGGCGUGGGCAUCAAAAAUAA